AUGUCUAGGUUAUGGCCUAAUGCUAAGUGCAUCGUCACCAUCAUUACUGGGACAAUGUCUCAUCACAUCGAUAACAUUGAUUUUUAUAGUAAUGGUCUUCCCAUUGUUAGCCAUAUGUACGCAUGUUCAGAAUGCUUCUUAGGUAUAAACCUUGACCCUCUAACUAAGCCACCUGAAGUUUCUUACACCCUUAUCCCUACAUUGGCAUAUUUUGAGUUCUUUUCGAUACUCGGGGAAGAUGAUAAUCAAAAGGACAACUUCAACCAGGAGAAAAAACAACAUCAUCCAGAACUGGUUGAUCUCGUCAAGGUUGAGCUUGGACGAGAAUAUGAGCUUGUUGUCACCAAUUAUGCAGGACUUUAUCGGUAUAGAGUUGGAGACGUGCUACGAGUUGCUGGGUUCAAGAAAAAUGCUCCUCAGUUCAAUUUCAUGCGGAGAAGAAAUGUAGUUCUAAGCAUUGAUAUGGACAAGACAAACGAAACUGAGCUUCAAAAUGCAGUGAAAAAAGGAGUUGACCAUCUUAUGAUUAUGUCUAAUGUCUCUCUUGUUGAAUACACUAGUUUUCCUGAUACAUCAACUUUUCCAGGCUACUAUGUGCUCUAUUGGGAACUUCAGGGAAACAAUAACAAUGCCGUAAUUCCUCAGAAAGUGCUUGAGGAAUGUUGUCUGGUAAUGGAAGAAUUCCUCGGUUAUGAGUAUCGUUAUAUGCGCACUAACAAGAAAUUAAUUUGA